AUGUAUUAUUUAGAAGUUAUUGGGGGUAUGAGUCCACACUUUCCUGUGCAUAGCUCCGUCCCUGGCUGCUGUCAGCAACUUGCAACUGUUAUUGCUGCUGUUCAGUACCUCUUUAAUACCAUAAUUCUCUUCCGUAAUUAUCACAAGAAGUGUGUUUCCGUCAUCCACGUCUUGCCUAGCGACUUUAAUUUCCCUACCAUGAUUCUCUCUUGGUUUUGCUUUGUAAUUUCUUGUGAAAUGACUAAACUUUUGAUAAUUGUAACACUUUACCUUGCUUUUGUUGAAUGGUUUGUUGUAGUUGCUUUGACCACUUUUUUUGGAGCUGCUCUCAGGUCUUUGCUCCAUCCAAGUCUUCGAAUUUUGUCGAUGUUUUUCAUCAAAAUUUUAGAAAUUCUUCUUCCCUUUAUAAAACUACUUCUCUUUCAAUCUUUUGCUGUUCUCGUUCAAAUGCAUUUGUAA